AUGGCAAAGAAUGAUAUUUGGACACCUUUAGAGUCCAAUCCCGAUUCUUUAUAUUUAUAUUCUUGUAAACUUGGACAGUCAAAAUUAAAAUUUGUGGACAUCUAUGGUUUCAAUAAUGAUUUAUUGGAUAUGAUUCCAAAACCUGUUCAAGCGGUUAUUUUUUUAUAUCCUCUAAAUAAUAAUAUAGUUUCUGAAAACAGUACCAUUAGUACCACUGACAACCAAAAUUCGAAAGAAAAUUUUGAUAACGUCUGGUUUAUAAAACAAUACAUUCCAAACUCCUGUGGAACCAUAGCCUUGCUACAUUUAUACGGAAAUUUAAGGAAUAAAUUCAAACUAGAUAAGGAUUCUGUUUUGGAGGAUUUUUUUAAUAAAGUCAAUGAGAUGUCUGCCGAAAAAAGAGGACAGGAAUUGAAAAAUAACAAACACAUCGAAAAUUUACACCACGAAUUUUGUGGACAAGUCGAGAAUAGGGAAGAUAUUUUGGAUGUUGAUACACAUUUUAUUGUUUUUGUGCAAGUUGAAGGAAAGCUCAUUGAAUUG